UGUUUCUCCCUGACGCAGAACGAUGAAGGACGGAAACGGCACGAGUCCGUCAGCAAAUCCGAUCAAUAUCGCCGGUCAUUUACCGCUUAGUCUGGCCAAAUCCGAGAUCGUUCCUCCUGCUCCAAACCGAUCCAAAUCAGGCUCUGAAUUCGAACCAGCAAUCGACUGGUUACCGGAUUUUGCCGGCUACUCAUGGAUUGCUUACGGUGCUUCGUCUCUUCUCAUCAUCACUCAUUUCCCCAACCCUCUGUCAGAGAGAGAAACUGCAAUUGGCGCCAUUUUACGCCAAGUCUUCGAGCUCUCAGCGGACGGCACUGGCACUGUUUCCGCCGUCGCCUGGUCGCCAGUUACGCCUUCCACUGGCGACCUUGCUGCCGCUUUGGAUAAUUGUAUUGGGUUGUUUUCGUUCCGUCCAGAUACUUCUUAUAGUUCUUUUUGUUGGAGCCAGACUACAGUGCUGGUACAAUCUACAAAGGUGGAUGCACUCAAAUGGACAGGAUCUGGAGAUGGCAUAGUCUCAGUUGGCAUGGAGGUUGUCUUAUGGAGAAAAAAGGAGAGGUCCUGGGAAAUUGCUUGGAAGUUUAAACCAGAAUUGCCUCAAAUGUUAGUUUCAGCCACCUGGUCAAUUGAAGGACCUUUGGCAACAGCACCUCUGCAUAGAUUGCAAGUUGAUGAUUUGAGUUCUCCUAUCUGCAAGACUAAAAAAUGUGUAUUAGUUUGUCAAGGAGAUAGAGAUUCACGACUUGAACAUGCUAUGCUACCUCAUCCUCAGCCUGUUUCUAUGAUCCAAUGGAGGCCAUCUGCAUUACGAGAGCCAAGUAAAGAGGACAGAAGUUUCAAGAGGUCACUGUUGUUAACUUGUUGUCUGGAUGGUGCUGUAAGAUUGUGGAGUGAGAUUGAUGAUGGAAGGGUCAAAAAAGUCUUCAAAGAAAAUGAUCGCAAGGUUACUAGAUUAUCUUUUCGGGUGGUUGCUGUGGUUGAGGUAAAUCAGUCAUUGAGUGGAAAACUGGGCGUUGAUAUAUUUGUAAGAUGGGCAACAGAUAUUGAUGGUGUAAUUAAGAUUAGAGAAGAAACUAACUAUUAUUCUUCUCUUGAGGAGUACCAGCAUGACAAGGUUGGUAAGUGUGAAUGGUUAAUUGCUCAUGGUCCUCAAAUAACAUUGACUCUUUGGACUGUCCACUGUCUUGAUGAUUUUGCUCCAGUGAGAUUUCCAAGGAUUACUUUAUGGAAUAGUAAAGAACUCAACUAUCCUAAAGUGGAUUCAAAAAGAUUGCCACUUAAUGAUGUUUUUAUCACAAGGAAUCAGGUCUUUGGACCACCAAUAAUUUGUUCUUGGAUUGAGUUAUUACCUUGCAACUCUCUAGCCUGGUUACAUUUAUAUUCUUCAAGAUCAACUGUUAGGGAAGAAGGAUCUUCAAAAUCAAGUACUGAAGAACAGGGGUCUUCAAUUAAAUGCCAGAAUGAUAGGUUCUUAUCAUGUUAUUCUAGAGGAAUUUUGAAUGUUGACAAUCACAGUGAUAAAAUUUUACAAGUUGCAGUUCAUCCAUAUUCUGAAGUUGAACUUGCAGCCUCUCUCAAUGCAAAUGGAAUGCUUCAAUUUUGGUCAUUUUCUGCUACUUCGGAUAGUGUCAUGCCAAUUUUAAAUCCCUCUUGGAAAUUUUAUGGAAAACAUUAUUCCCACUCGAGGUACUCUUGCUUGAGGUGGGGGCCUGCAAUUUCAAAUGAAGAAUGGGUUCUUUUUGUAGGACAUGCUAAAGGUGUAGAUUUCUUUAUUGUCACAACUUCAAAAAAUGAAGAAAAGAAAUUAUUAUGUCACAAUGUAUGCACUGUCCCCUUUCACAAUGAAGGCCAUGAAGAGGGGCCAAACAGUGUCUGUUCAAUAUCUUUGCCUUCUACUUACAAUGAAACCUCUGUUUAUAAUAAUUUCUUACUAUUAUCUGUGUGGAAGUGUGCCUUCCAGGCUUUUUCAUGGAAAAUUAGCAUCCACCAGUAUGAUUCAUCCAGUGUCUCUUGUGACUGCAGUCUUGAGAAGCCAAAUAAUAUUGAAAGUAGUUUGUGCAAAUUCAAAGGUAGUUUUUGCAGCAAAACAUAUUGUGUCUCUGUUGAACCUUAUUCAUCACAAUUCCCUUCUCCAUACAACCAUGACCUAGCAUCUAGCUUCCAAGUAGUUUGUCCAACUAAUUCUGUUUUGAGCGAGCUGCAGGGUUCUGCUUAUGAGAAGUCCAGUAACCAUUUCACUUAUCACAUGGCCACUGGUUACAGUGAUGGUAGUUUGAAAUUAUGGAGAAGCAUGCCAGCUACCAUUUUGAAUUCACAGUGGGAUCUUGUUGGUAUGCUUUAUACACAUCAUGGUCCUGUUCUUGGAAUAUCUUCAAGUUCUUGUGGUCGGAAGAUUGCAACAAUCUCCAAAGCAGAUGAGGCAACUACUUCUCGUAAUCUUCAAAUAUGGGAAUGUGUGCACCUUAUGGAUGAAGGUAGCUUCAUUCUAGAAGACACUUUGUCUUUUGAUGCAGAAGUAGUUGCAUUAAAUUGGUUGACAAUGGGAAAUGGUCAGUUGUUAUUGGGGGUUUGUACGAGCAAUAAGUUGCAGGUGUAUGCUCAAAGACGCAGCGGAGGCCAUUAUAUUUUGAAGCCAGAAAAAUCUUUAGAGGGAAGCAUCUGGGUUUGUGUUGCUGAAUCUCAUACUAAAGCCAUCAUUCGUGACUUCUUUUGGGGGUCCAAAGCCACAAUAGUGGUUGCUCAUGAUGAGUAUUUAUCUCUCUAUAGUAGGUUGUUAUUUUUGGAGGAUAGCAAAACCCUGUCCAAGUUUUGCGGAAAAAUCUAUGGGGAUGCUUACCCUUGCUGUAAUGAUUCAGAUAAAAUUUUGCUAGGUUCAGCAAUUGAGGAUUUUGAUAAUUUUGGACAAUGCCCUUCUACUUCCCCCAUGAAGAUGAACAUGAUACAUGAAAUUAUCCCUGUCAUGAAUGUCAAAAGAUCUGAAAAGGAGUGUAACUCAUUCAUAAAUAUUGGCAUUUGGAGCAUACUAGAGUUAACAGAAAUGUUGGGAGGAUCAAUCCCUGUCAUUCACCCGGAGGCACUUCUGACAAACUUACUUUCAGGUAAUUGGAAGCGCCCUUAUGUAGGUCUGAAGUGUCUUACUGAACACUUCAGUUCUAACACAUCUGCAAAGAUAUUUUGCUCUCAAAAUUUCAAUUGUUUCACAUUACCUGUUCCAUUGUCAAACUAUCUUGAAGGACGUGUGUUGCAAAGUUCUGCUGAUAAGUCAUUUCAAUGGAAUGGGGAUAUUGCAUCUACAGAGGCCCUGAAAGGAUCAUAUCAAUAUGCCUCUAAUUUGGGUCAUGGUGCAUUAUAUACUGCCCCAACAAGAUCUGAAAUUUCUGGCUUUAUUGAAGCCUUUGAUAAACUAUCGAAGUGUUCAAUCAUGUCUGACACUGAAAUGAUGCAUAGUCGUGCCGCUAUAAAUCUUCUGCAAGAAGUUAGCAAUUCACAGUCUGCUUCUGCUUAUGGAAGUCUUGAUGAAUCAGGUCGAAGGUUUUGGGUUGCAGUGAGGUUUCAGCAGCUAUAUUUUGUUGAAAGAUUUCAUAGGGUGCCAUUGGUAGGAGAGCUGGAUAUUCAGUCAGCAUUGGUUGGUUGGGCUUUUCACUCUGAUUGCCAGGAGACUUUAUUUGAUUCUCUCUUAUCUAAUGAACCUUCUUGGCAAGAGAUGCAUGAUAUAGGAAUUGGGUUUUGGUAUACAAAUGUCUCACAACUAAGAUCAAAGAUGGAGAAGCUGGCAAGACAGCAAUAUUUGAAAAAUAGAGAUCCCAGGGCAUGUGCACUUCUUUACAUUGCCUUGAAUAGAAUUCAAGUUUUAACAGGUCUUUUCAAAAUUAGCAAAGAUGAAAAGGACAGGCCGUUGGUGGGCUUUCUUUCCCGCAAUUUUCAGGAGGAUAAAAAUAAGGCAGCAGCUCUGAAAAAUGCAUAUGUUUUGUUGGGCAAACAUGAACUGGAACUUGCAGUUGCAUUCUUUUUGCUUGGAGGUGAUACGACCUCUGCUGUCACUGUGUGUGUGAAGAACCUCAGGGAUGAACAGCUUGCACUUGUAAUCUGUCGUCUUGUUGAAGGGUAUGGUGGACCAUUAGAGCGUUAUAUUGUAACAAAAUUCCUUCUUCCAUCCGCAGUUGCAAAAGGUGAUUACUGGCUUGCCAGUUUCCUGGAGUGGGUAUUAGGAAAUUAUUCACAAUCUUACCAGAGAAUGCUUGCCAUCCAGACGGAGCCUUUUCUCAAUAAGUAUGUCCUCUCCUCACACCAAGAUGCUUUUUUAGAUCCAAGCAUUGGACAGUACUGCCUAAUGUUAGCAAUGAAGACUAGUAUGAGAAAUGCUGUUGGUGAGAAAAAUGCUGCAGUCUUGGGUAGAUGGGCAAUUUUGAUGUGUGCUACUGCCUUAAGUAGAUGUGGUCUACCUCUUGAAGCAUUGGAGUGCCUUUCUUCUUCAGUCAGCAUCUUUGGUAAUUCAACUCAAGGAAGUAUACCGCACAAUGCAGACUCUGAACUUUUUAAUGCUACUAUCUUGGGAGUGUUAGUAAAUAAGAGUUCAUCAAACUGGAUAUCAGGUGGUGUGGCUUUUGAUGUAGCUUCACAUUCAAGACUAGAUUUGGCUAUGCAGUACAUAUCCAAGUUGUUGAGAAAACAUCCAUGCUGGGUGGACAUCAAUAUCAUGCAUCUUCAGGCACAUACAUACUCCGAGUCUGAGUAUCAAGGCUGCAAGAGAUUACUUGAUAUUUUCCAACAUGAAUUAAAGGAAACAGUUUCGUGCUUUCAGCAGAAGUAUUCUAUGCUUCCUAUUGAUCUUAUGAACAUGAUUUUUUUGUCCCUCAGCAACAAUAGUUUGGAACACAUUGGAUAUAGUCUGUUACAAGAUUACACUAGCAAGUACACCUCACAAGAACAAGGAAGACUUGAUACUUGCUUUCUCUGUCCUCUUCCUGAACUACUUCUGAAGGUUGCCGAAGAAGUAUUGCAUUCACUUUCUAGGUACAUCAUAGUGUGUGGUAUGAGUUAUUUGUAUCUAGAACCAUGUUCAAUGAUAGAUGAUGUGGUCAGUGAACAUGGAUUUGGUUUGGUUCAACCUUUGAAGCUUUACGAGUGGAGUUUCAUUUGGUCAUUGCGGUAUGUUAGAGACAUGAUGGUGUUGUUUUCUGCUUCCUUUCAGCAGGACUUCAAAAGAAAUCCUUUUACUAUUCUUGAUUUAUUUGAGUUCUUCUUAUACUUUUCAUCAUUUUGGAUUCAAAGAAAUUUCAGAGGUCUUACUAUGGUUUUGAAGCCUCUUGUAAUUGUAUGUGACAAACAGCAUGCUUCACAUGAGAUCAAUAUGAAGGAUCUCCGGGAAACCCUUUACCAGAACUUGGAAAUCUUGGCUCAUGAUACCCCAGUUAUUGAUAUAGAAUCUCUUCAUAUCAAUGAGAGGCAAUUGUAUAAACAAUUUGGAGAUCUAUUGCCAUCAGUUCCAGAAGGAAAGGGGCCGCAAAACCUGUGUCUCUCUUUGUGGGGAACUAUGUCUAAUAUUCUGGAAUAUCAGCUAAAUUUGAUACCACUGGAAUCUAGAGACUGUUUAUUUGAAUCCCAUAACACACUCCAAAAAGCAUCAUCUUCAAUAAUCCAUGGAGGUAAUAUGCCCUACCAGAUUGAGCUGGGUGCAGUACUCGCUAGAUUACUGAAGGCCACAUGUGGACACAUUUCUGCUUAUUGUGCAAAACAACUUGCAUCAUUCCUGCUGCUGAGGGUAUCAAGAAGAAGUGCUCAUUUGUGGCCCCAAUACAGAAAUCCAGCUAAGAAUUUGGAUCAUAUUAUUGAUAAUGCGGAGGUUCUUUCUAAUGAAGAUGAAUUAUCAGCUUCAAAAAUGUUUUGGAGUAUCUGUUCUGAGAUUUGUGAAGUUAAUGGAAACUUUUUGCAAGAGAAUGCAGAGUUGUUGCAGCAUAUUAAGCAAAAGUCCUUGAAUGGGUGGUAUGACGUGUAUCCAGUUAUUAUGAGAGAGUGUGAAUCUGAGGAAACUUGUGAUAAAGAAGACAGGCUUGAUAGUCCUAGUAGUGCUGCUGGAUCUCCUCUUGCAUGCCUGUCCCCUAAUGAUCAUCCCUUUCUGAGUUUAAGUGGAAAAUAUGCAGAUCAUCCAAAAAAGGUUUUGCCUUUCAAUAAUGCUAAAGAAAUUUGUAGAAGAAAUGGAGAACUCAUAGAGGCUUUGUGCAUCAACUCCAUUGACCAAUGUCAAGUAGCUCUAGCUAGCAAUCGGAAGGGCAUUCUAUUCUUUAAUUGGGAGGAUGGACUGCCUUAUGAAGAAAAAUCUGAUUAUGUCUGGGCAGACGCUGACUGGCCGUGUAAUGGCUGGGCUGGAUCUGAAGCUACACCGAUUCCCACAUGUGUUUCUCCUGAAGUUAGGCUGGGUAAGAAAGGGACAGUCCUGGGGCUUGGUGGAGCAACAAUAGAUGUAGGUUUGUUGACAAGACCUGGGAAAGAUUUUACAGGCAGUGGAACAUUUGGAGUUCCAGGCUAUGCUGGUAUUAGUUCUGGCCUUGGUUGGGGAAUUCAAGAAGAUUUUGAUGAGUGUGUUGACCCUCCUGCCACAGUGGAGAAUGUUAGAACAAGGGCAUUAUCAACUCACCCUUCAAGACCAUUGUUCUUGGUUGGUUCUAGCAAUACGCAUGUAUAUUUAUGGGAGUUUGGCAUGGACAGAGCUACUGCUACGUAUGGAGUGCUUCCUGCUACAAAUGUCCCUCCACCUUAUGCCAUUGCCUCUAUAUCUUCUGUGCAGUUUGACCAUUGUGGUCACCGAUUUGUAACUGCUGCAUCAGAUGGUACUGUGUCCACAUGGCAACUUGAAGUUGGAGGAAGGAGUAACAUUCAUCCAACUGAAUCCUCUAUCUGCUUUAACAACUAUACAUCGGAUGUUACUUAUGUUACUUCUAGUGGUUCUAUAAUAGCUGCCGCGGGAUAUAGCUCCAGUGGGAUUAAUGUCGUUGUAUGGGAUACACUAGCUCCUCCAGCUACAUCUCAAGCCUCCAUAAUGUGCCAUGAAGGUGGUGCACGCUCUCUGUCUAUAUUUGAUAAUGAUAUAGGAAGUGGCUCAAUUUCGCCACUUAUUGUGACUGGAGGAAGAAGUGGUGAUGUUGGACUCCACGAUUUCCGCUACAUAGCAACAGGAAGGACAAAGAAACAUAAGCAUUGUGAUACCAGUGAACAGAAUCUCCAUUCCACAGUAGACAUGCAGAAGAAAACUGGUGAUCAGAACCGGAAUGGUAUGCUAUGGUAUAUACCAAAGGCCCACACAGGGAGUGUCACCAAAAUAUGUACUAUUCCGAACACUAGUUUUUUCUUGACGGGAAGCAAAGAUGGAGAUGUAAAACUUUGGGAUGCAAAGUGGGCGAGACUAGUAUUUCAUUGGCCAAAAUUGCAUGAAAGACACACCUUUUUGCAACCAACCUCCCGUGGAUUUGGUGGAGUUGUUCGGGCUGGUGUUACAGAUAUUCAAAUUGUUUCUCAUGGUUUUGUUUCUUGUGGUGGAGAUGGUUCUGUAAGGCUGGUUACAGUAAAAGGGACUUGAAACUUGCAUGAACAAGGAUUCCAUCAUAUUAGCCAGCCAGUCUUAACAUGAAUUAGUGUGUCUACUUAAAGUGUUACAAUAGACUCUGUGAAAGGACUCUAGCCUGUACCAAAAUUCAACCUCUGCUUGCGAGCUGCAACAGUACUCACUUCUUGGAGUCACGUUGUAUUCAGGCCCGUAAAUAUGAGCUGUCUUUGGCAUUCAUUCGAUUAUUAUCUUCUCCACUUUUGUGGUAAUCAAUAUACAUAUACCCUCUUCCUUCCGACAGGGUUUGCUCUGAUUUAGGUUGUUGAUAGUUUUGUAGUUGUUAUUCUAUGAUGCCAAGCAAGUUAUCUGAUGCUUUAAGGGUACACUGAGUUGCCAAUUCUUUUCAUUUGUUUUUAUAUAUUCCUCUGAA